AUUAGCAGUAGAGGUAAUAGUAAGAGAUCAGGAUCGUUCGUUGGUAGAGUGCAACCAGUUGUACAACCGCAUCAAGAAUACAGUAACCAAACCACACAGGAAUUGCAAUUACAAACCAAUCACCACAACAAUCUUCUCCCAUGGGUUACAUUUGAUGAUAAUGAUGUCCCAACUAUACAAUGUUCAACUAGUACUCCACCUGACCUCGAAAAGAUAGAAGCUAAUGUCAUUGUUGAUAAUGCUGCAUCACCACCAAAGCUACAAACUGCCAAAAGUAAUGGAGCUACCGAUAGUCAAGGCAAAACCAGAGUUAUCACUAAAAUAAUCACUAGAAUCGAAGAGUUGGAAAACUUUUACAAGAAGGAAUUGAUAAAAACAAAGCAUUAGCAUUGAAACUCGUAGAACGUGAAGCACUGCUGCAAGAAAGAGACUUCAAGAGAUGACAAGCAUUAACGACCACUAUACAGCCGAAGUACAAAAUGAUCAACUUUGUGAACAAUUAAUUUCUAUUAGAGAUUGGAAAGAACUUCAAAGACUUUUAAGUUUAGAAAAAGAGUUUGGUACUAUUAAUGGUAAUGUUUCUCAAUAUCUUCAAAUACUUUAGGUAAUCUAGAAGCAACUCAUCAAAUGGUAAUCAAAGAUCUUUUACACCAUAUGCAACAAGCCAAUCGUUUACAUGAACUUUGUAAUCAAGAGGGUGAUGAUUUAGAAAUGGAUAUUUUCGCCGCUGUCAAUUCAGUUUCAGAUUCAUUUAAAGAUUUAUUACAUGACUCUAAAAGUUCCUCAAGAUUAAUUAUAGAUCCCGAAUUACAAAGUAAAUUUAUGGAUGCAGCUAGAAAAAUUGGUGCACUCACUCAAAAUCUAUUUGAAAGUGUACGUCUUCAAGGUGGUCAAUGUCAAGAUGAUGAUGAUCGUAAAAGAUUUGCAAAUAAUUUAGCUUCAUUUAAAGGUGUCAAUGCAUUGGAUGCAUUAGCUCAACAAGCAGAUGCUGACAGAAUCGAAAAAGAGAAGAAAUAUUUAUAGAGUGGUUUCGAAAGAGAAUUAUUGGUUGCUGGGCCAAAUAUUGUUGCAUUCCUUUGCCAAAUCCAAAUUAUAUUUGGUCAUCCAAAAGUUGGAAAUACCGAUAGUUCAAAAUCUAUUGCUAUGAAAUUACCUGGUGUUACUGAUUUAUUGGUUUAAAAUAAAAAAAUUAUGGAAAAUAAGGUUCAAUCAAGUGUCAAUGUAGUAAAACCUUCCUAUAUAGUAAUCGAAAUUGAUAUUCCAUCGGAAUUCUUAGUUUAAUUUUAAAAUAAAAAUAUAAAUAAUUU